GAGCAGUUGGCACAUUGAGAUGAUGAGGAAACAGAUUAUUUCCCCCCAUGCUUCCAUGUCUGUGACCUCCUCCUCCAGCUCCCACUGAACAAAGUCAAUGGUGGGCGGGACCACUGCUCAGUUUUCAGCCCCGUGCCGAAUGUCACAGCCAUGAUCUCGCGCUCCCAUUGGCUCCUGUCUGCGGACACGUCACAAUCAUGAUUAGAAUUGAUGAUCGGACGUUCUGAUUUCAUUGUCUAGCAAAGGGGGACUGCUGGAGAAAUCUGCUGAAUUUGAACGUCCGUCUGAUUUUAACAUCAAAUAUGCCACGUUACCCAGCAGUGUGCCCGGCACCCUGAGACGAGAUGAGCACAAUCAAAAGAAUGCUAACCUAGAAGUAUGGAGGUUUAGCUGUGAUCCGCAUGGCUGCCCCGUUCCCCUCCAGUAGCAGAAUGGAUGCGUGGCCACAGAGGCGUGGCCUGCAGACUAUGAACCUGCGUUCGGUGUUUACGGCCGAGCAGCAGAGGAUCCUGGAACGUUACUAUGAGAAUGGGAUGACCAAUCAAAGCAAGGCUUGCUUCCAGCUAAUACUGCAGUGCGCUCAGGAGGCCAAACUGGACUUCAGCGUUGUCCGGACAUGGGUUGGCAACAAACGGCGUAAACUGGCCUCCAGAGUCGACCAGAACGGAGGCGUGUCUCAUUCCCUGUCGAGCCACGGAUUAGCCGGGGGGCUGCUCUCCAAUCACACAUUAGCUGGAGGCGCUCUGUCCAAUCACAGCCUAGCGGUGGGGGGGCUGCUUCCUGCCGAAAUGGCCGCAGCGCGCAACCUCCAGAAUCGUGUACACCUUCUUCCUCCAUCCUCGUCCUUCCCCUCGUUCUCCUCGGCAUCCUCCUCUCCUUCGUCCUCCUCUCCCCUCAGCAGCAGUAGCAUCAACAAUAACAAUAAUGAUGUGAUCCUGACCGGAAUUUACUCCCUGAACUCCGUCCCUCGCUCCCGACCUCGACCCGCGGCGCCGACGUCUCAGUCGGACUCCGAGCUCUCCGCACACACUUCCUCCUCUCUGAUCAACCAGGUGCUGCAGAGCAGGAGCGGCUCCACCUCCUCACCCGUCCACUCCAAGCUGGCAUCCCUCGCUCAGACCCUCCCCUCCCUCACCUCUGCCUCAGGGCCUUUAGUCUACACUGCAGUCAGGAAGGGCGCUGUGUCCCUGGGGGAGGCGGGGAUCAGUGCAGGAGCAGCGAUCGUACCUCACAGCUGGGCUAGACAGUACGGUACCGCGCAGCCGCACCCCUGGUCCUCUGCUUCAAAACCCCAGGCCCAGCUCCAGCCCAGACCUCACUCCAACCCCCAACCUCAGCCGCCUGCUCCACAGAAGAAUCGGGCCCCCGCCGCUGCCCAGAACUCGGGCCCCUCCUCCGAGCAGACCCCUCGAAUUCAGCAGGUCUUCACCUUGACUGAAAGGGGCGAGGCGGACCGACUCAGGCCGGCGGCGGCAUCCCCCGCGAGAAACCAGGAGCCUCGCAGGAGGGCGCCUCCCCCUCCGGACGGCGGUCACAACUUCUCCAUCGCCAUGGAAACUGGAGAUGAAGAAGAUGAGUGGCAAAGGGAGGAGGAGCUGGCAAACCUGGCUGCUCAGACACACCUCCACAGGGAGCAGGUGUCGCCCGGCCCGGCCAGGGCCGAAGCCUCUGCGGUGAGAGGAAGCCACACACCUCCAACCAACAGCUCCAGACCCUCGCUGCGGCACAACAACGCAACUCUUCAGGGCAGCUACUCAGUCACAGCACAGACCUCACUCCAGGCGGAGUCCAGCUCACAGACACCAGUUGGUGCGUCUGCUGCCCCCUGGCUUAUCAGCAACUCCAGGAAGAGAACUCUGCAGGAUCGGACCCAGUUCAGUGAUGGCGAUCUCAUCCAGCUGAAGCGCUACUGGGACCGAGGCAUGACCAGCCUGGGCUCGGUGUGCAGGGAGAAGAUCACUGCCGCAGCCGACCAGCUCAGUGUCGACACUGAAAUAGUCAAGACAUGGAUCAGUAACAGACGGAGGAAGUACCGUCUCAUGGGGAUUGAGAUCCCCCCACCCAAAGGUGGGCCUGCUGUAUUCACCACCUCCUCUCCAGGGAACGAGUCGCCGGUGGCCCUCAGCCCCGACGAGGAGCAGCUCAGAUCGCCCGAGCUUGGAGACGACUCGAAUGAUGGAGGGUCUGUGUGCCUUUCUGAGGAUGGCACCAUCGAUUCACAACACAGAGACGGAGAGGACGGAACAGAUGUGUCCGCUGCUGCUCCACUGGCCAACAAUGUGAAGGUUGAAGUGAUCGAUGAGGACGAAGACGUCGAUGAUGAUGACGAUGCUGAUUUAGUGGCUUCGGACCUCGAGCAAAUGCAGAACCUGCUUGAAUUCAAGCACGAGGAGGUGCAGUUCUUGGAGAACGAGCUAGAGAACCAAAAACAAAAAUACCUGGAGCUUGCAGACUUCACAAAGCGCCUGCUCAGCGCUGUGAGGAAUAACGACCUGGAGCGACAGCAGGAACUCAUGGCCAGUCUACCUCAGCCUUCAGACCAGGACUGGGACAUGACUGUGGAGAGGGGGGCUCGUCCCGCCGCCGAGUCGGCGGAGGCCUCCCCCGUCCACGACUACUCCCAGACGAGCGGCGCAGAUCCACUGCAGGCCCUCGACGAGGACGACGUCUCGCUGGUCGCCGUAAACAAGGAUCGCACAAUGGAAGUUACUGAGCCCUCUGCAUCAGAGGAGCAGCUGCAAGACGCAGAACAAGAGUGACUAUUUUACGGACAUCACCUCACACACACACACACACGUUUUCACACUCCAUGCAGGAGCAGGUUUCACAUGUAAGAAGCUGAAUGGCCUAACGACGACACAAACACUCUGGUAACCCUGUACUCCACGCCCAGUGCCUGUGGAUUGAAGCUUCACUAUGACUGUUGGGCUGACAGAUGCCUUUUUUACUGCAUAUCAUUCGCCUUGCUCUGGUCCAAUCCAGAGAGAACAAUAAAGACCUCUAACCUC